UUUUGGUGUUGAAAAAAGUAAAAAGGAACAAAGUGCAAAAAGAGUUCCACACAUCAACAUGUCUCGGGUAGUUCAUUCAAGCUUCGCCGCUUUCAGUUUCUGAAGAAGAAGAAGAAGAAGAAACAAACACUGAACAGAACAUCCAAAAUGCCACCCAAAUCUGCAGUACAACACAAACCGUACUUCUUCUACGGCCACCGUAAACCAACUCAGCAUCGUCCUACUGUACAAGGCGGCCUUUUCUCCAAUCGCCAAACCAUAAACCCAAAUCGCCCCAACCCCAAAAACUCACCUUCUUCUUCUGCUAAUUUUGAGCUUCAAAAAUGGGACCCAGAUGGAAAUUUCGGCCUAAAAUCCCAAAAAGACCCAUCCCAUGAAUUUUUCUCUUUGGCUCAACGCUUAUCACCAAUUGGUAGGUAUAUAGUUGAUUCAUUCAGGAAACAUAAGAGUUGGGGCCCACCCCUUGUGGCUGAACUUAACCGUCUACGACGUGUCACUCCUAAGCUUGUAACUGAAGUUCUCAAGCACCCUAAUAUUGAUCCUAAAAUUUCCUCCAAGUUCUUCCAUUGGGCUGGAAAGCAGAAAGGUUAUAGGCAUGAUUUCUCUUGUUACAAUGCCUUUGCUUAUGGUCUGAAUAGGGUGAAUCAAUUUCGGGCGGCUGAUCAGGUUCCUGAGCUGAUGCAUAUGCAAGGAAAGCCGCCUAGUGAGAAACAGUUUGAAAUCUUGAUCAGAAUGCAUGGUGAUGCUAACAGGGGUCUUAGAGUAUACUAUGUGUAUGAGAAAAUGAAAAAAUUUGGGGUAAAACCAAGAGUUUUUCUGUAUAACAGAAUAAUGGAUGCUUUGGUUAAAACCAAUCAUUUGGACUUGGCUAUGUCAGUUUAUGAUGAUUUCAAGAAGGAUGGGUUGGUGGAGGAGAGUAUGACUUUCAUGAUCUUGAUAAAGGGACUAUGCAGGUUAGGGCGGAUGGAUGAAGUGUUUGAGCUUUUGGGUCGGAUGAGAGAGAAUCUUUGCAAACCUGAUGUGUUUGCUUAUACAGCGAUGGUAAAGAUAUUGGUUGCAGAGCGGAACUUGGAUGGUUGUUCAAAGGUUUGGGAAGAGAUGCAGCAGGAUGCUGUUGAACCCGAUGUUAUUGCUUAUUCAACUUAUAUUACAGGUUUGUGUAAAAUUAAUCAGGUUGACAAAGGCUAUGAGUUGUUUAAGGAAAUGAAACAAAAGAAUUAUUUAAUAGAUAGGGCAAUAUAUGGAUCUCUGAUUGAAUCAUUUGUAGCAAAUGGAGAAGUUGGUUUAGCUUGUGAUUUGCUUAAAGAUCUGAUGGACUCGGGCUAUAGGGCCGAUUUGGCAAUCUAUAAUUCUCUUAUUGAAGGUUUCUGCAAUGCAAAAUUGAUAGAUAGGGCCUAUAAACUUUUCCAAAUCACAGUUCAAGAAGAUCUUCAACCUGACUUUUCCACUGUAAGGCCCAUAUUGGUGUCUUAUGCAGAGUCAAAGAGAAUGGAUGAGAUUUGCAAACUGCUUGAGGAACUGCAGCGAUUGAGCUAUUGCAUUCGUGAUGAUUUAUCCAAAUUCUUUAUAUUUAUGGUAGAGAAGGAUGAUAGGAUUAUGAUUGCUUUAGAAGUCUUUGAAUAUUUGAAAGAAAAAGAUUAUUGUGGUGUUCCAAUAUAUAACAUUCUUAUGGAAGCUCUCUAUAUGAAUGGCGAGGUAAACAAGGCACUCACAUUGUUAUCUGAAUUGCGCGAUUCAGAUUAUGAACCUGAUUCAUCGACUUACAGCAAUGCUGUCCAGUGUUUUGUAGAGGUCGGAGAUGUACAGGAGGCAUGUAAUUGCUAUAACAGAAUUAAAGAGAUGUCUUUGAUUCCGUCGGUUGCUGCAUACCGUUCUCUUGUCAAAGGGCUUUGCAAAAUAGGACAGAUUGAUCCAGCAAUGAUGCUAAUUCGUGACUGCCUUGGCAAUGUGGCGAGUGGCCCGAUUGAGUUUAAGUAUAUUCUCACUAUUAUUCAUGUCUGCAAAAUGAAUGAUGCUGAGAAGGUAAUGAAAGUUUUAGAUGAAAUGCUAGAAGAGGGCUAUUCUCCUGAUAAUGCUGUAUAUUGUGCUGUAAUUUCUGGCAUGUGCAAACAUGGAACAAUUGAAGAAGCACGGAAACUUUUUGCAAAUAUGAGAAAGCGAAAACAUCUUACUGAAGCCGAUUUAGUUGUUUAUGAUGAGAUGCUUAUUGACCACAUGAAGAAGAAGACGGCAGACUUGGUGUUGUCUGGAUUGAAAUUUUUUGGUCUGGAAUCAAAGUUAAAAGCAAAGGGGUCUACCCUUUUACCUGGUUGAAAAAUGAAAAUAGGUAACUUGUUAAGCAGAUUCUGUCUGUAGUUGUUGGAGGGGCCAAUCUAUCCACCGGAGGAUUAUAAGUGCAUAUUCUCUUUGAGCGUUGAAAGACUACUCCGAUGCUUUUUGAAGGUAACUUUACUCAACUGGAGAUUGAGCAAUUCAUUGGUAACUGAAUCAAACUUUUCGGCCCAAAAAAAAAAGAAACUAACCCUUUGUCUAGAGACUAAAGGAAAGAAGGGAAAUGUACCUAGAUUUCCCCCCUUCUUUUUUUGGUUCAAGAAAGGGAAUUGGCAAAAGAUAGAUACAUUUUCAUUUUAUAGUCUUCUAGUUUCUCUCCGGUUUCCCUAUUGUUUUCCACUCUUGUGCUCUCUUUUCUUACAUCGGUGUUGUCAGGUCAGCUUGACUAAUCCACCAGGCUCUUGUCCAGCCAACAAACACAAGUUGCCAAGGUAAUCUUGAUCAUCAAGGCUGGAGCUGGAGUAACACAAAAUGUUGUAGUUGAGAUUCGAACCUGGGAUCUCCAGGUUAUUACUCCCAUACCGCAAGCACUUGGCCAUCCUCUUGGGGUCUCCAUACUUGUGCUAUUCUCUUUGUUUUCCGUCUUUCCCUAGCUUCCUGACAUAGGAAAAUGGAAAUGUUUAUUUGGCAGUGAGCUGGAUUAUGACCUUGCUACUAAGGCCCGUCUAGCAGCGGCAUUGAUGACUCUGCCAAUGUAGCACCAUCUAAUAACCAGUUUGCUAAUUGCCUUUUGGUUAUAGAUUAUAAAGGAGUGAAAUUGUUUUAUUAGUAGCCGAGCACAGCUGUCAGUUUAUUCCAUUUGUAAAAUGUGAAGGCUUAAGGUGUUCACUCUCUACUGAAAGGUUGGCUUGAGAAUCACUAGUAUUACGAGGAAAUACCAGAUGAGUAAAAGAACUUGCAUAAGUUUUUCAUAUCCAAUAAGGUUUACAUCAGGGAUAGAUCUCAUGGUAGUCUUGGCGAGAGCUAAAUUCUUCUAUCCUAGUAUUUGCUUCUUAUAAAGACAAGAUAUCCAUUUGACUUUGCUGCAGGAUUUUGCAGAAAAGAUGAUCAUUCUCAAACAAUUUUGGUGGAUUAACUGCCAAGGGUUCGUCAGCUCCUCUUUGGAGCAUUUCUCCACUGAGACAUGUUCAGUGAAAAAUGUUCUAGUUGGGAGUCAUCUGUUGAUUUAUGAACAGAUCCUUUUAGUUGCAACUUGAAGUUGGAAAGUGAGCUUAUGCAGAAACUGACUGCAUGUUGAAGUUUAUGUUCGGCUGGAUGAAAGCAUUCACGUGGAAGUAUUUAUCUUCUCUCUCUCUGUGUUGCUGCGGGAGAGAGGAGAGACGAGAGAGGAGAGAGGAGAGAGGAGAGAGGAGAGAGAGAGAGAGAGAGAGAGAGAGAGAGAG